AUGAGGGACAAAUCUUUACCAAAGAACGGUGCCCACCUCCAUAACUGCCUGGUCCACCUACUACACUACCCGGACCACCUCCUACACUACCUGGCCUACCUCCAUAACCACCCAAUCCACCUCCUUGGAUACCCGGUCUACCACCUACACUACUCAGACCACCCCCUACACUACUUGGUCCACCUUCAUAACUACCAGGCAUCCCUCCUUGGAUACCAGGUCCACCUCCAUAACUUCCCGGGCCACCUCCUACACUACCCGGUCCUCCUUGGUUACCCGGUCCACCUCCUACACUACCCGGACCACCUCCUACACUACCUGGCCCACCGCCUAGAAUACCCGGACCAGCUCCAUAACUACCCGGUCCCCCUCCUUGGAUACUCGGUCCACCUCCUACACUAUCCGGACCACCUCCUACACUACUUGGCCCACCCCGUUCACUACCUGGCCCACCUUCAUAACUACCCGGUCCCGGAGGAGGUAGAUCUGGUAUCCAAGGAGGGCUUUGGAUACCCGAUCUAUCUGCUACAUUACCCGGACCGCCUCCAUAACUACCCAGACCACCACCUACACUACCCGGCCCACCGCCUACACUACCCGGACCCGCUCCAUAACUACCUGGACCACCACCUACACUACCCGGCCCGCCACCAUAACUACCAGGUCCUCCUUGGAUACCCGGUCCACCUCUUACACUACCCGGACCACCGCCUACACUACCCUGACCACCUCCAUAACUACCCGGACCACUUCCUACACUACCUGGCCCACCUCCAUAACUACCUGGUCCCCCUCCAUAACUACCCGGUCCCCCUCCUUGGAUACCCGGUCUACCUGCUGCACUACCCGAACCAUCUCCAUAAAUACCCGGACCACCACCUACACUACCCGGCCCACCUCCUUGGAUACCCGGUCCACCUCCUAUACUACCCGGGCCACCUCCUACACCCGGCCCACCUCCCAGCAUAA